AUGGAGAUUGAAAUAAAUUUAAAUGAAUUUAAAAAGUUAUAAGACUCUUUAACUUCAGAAAAUGCUGAAGAUAAAUUAAAAGACGUAGAAUUUCCUUUUCAUGCUAUUUUACCGAUUAACAUAGGAGGAGUUUAAUGCGAAAGACCAUGCUGGAACGACUUUAAAGGCUCUCCUGAUCCUAAAAACGAAUACUUUCUUGCUUAUAUUUAUUGGGUUAUAAAUUACUUUUAUGAUACAACAAAAAAAUUUUGUGAACAAGAAAAGGUAAUGAAAUUUAUCGUUACAAGCAUCACAGCUUAGCCAAAAAUAAAACCUAACUCAUGGUGUCGUUAUAAAACAAAGGAUUUGCUUCAUCAUGAGACUGGUCACUAUAUAAUUGCAUGCCUUUGCACUUUAGAAUUCAAAAAAAGAGUGAUGGAAAAAAAUGCUUCUUUUUAUACUUCCUCUCACGCAAAAGAGAUAACUUAAAUAUUCAAUGCCACAAUGAAGGAAUUUUGUGCUAUGGAAAAGCUAUAUGAUGAAGAAACAUGUCACUAUUUGAAUGAAUAAAAGCAGAAAGAAUGGAAUAUUAAAUUAAUUUAAAAACUGCUAUUUUACAAAUAGCACUUCUAAAUUGAAUCAGUCCCUGACUCUAAAAUUUUACUUGGUCAAAUAUAAGGUAAAUCAAAUUAAAUUUAGAAAUUUAAUAACAAUUAGAAGGAAUAAACCACAUAAAAAUAUAAUUAUGGUGUAAUUAAAGCUGUCAAUUUGAAUAAUGAUAAAAAUAUUAUCUUUUAAAAUUCUCAAUAAAAACCCAUUAAAGUUACUAGUAGCAAUAAUUUGUAGUUUUAGAAUACUCAAAGAGUGCUAAACAAAAUUAGAAAAAGCGAGUUUUCCUAAUAAAGUAUUAACAAACUAGAAUUUGCUGCUAGAAAUCUACCAUUACAGCCUACUUCUUUUUCUGGAUUACUUUAAAUUUAAUAAUCCUAAUAUAAAUAAGAAUUAAAUUUUGUUGGACUUUAAAAACCUAAAACAAAUUAAUCAUUUUAAUCCAGUUUGUAGUCUACAGCAAGCACUUUUGCUGUUUUUAAGAAAGGAGAGUAAAAUGUAUAAGAUAAUCUAAAACUUCCUAAAAUCAGAAAUAAAAAAAAUGAAAACGACAACAAAUACAAUACAAAGAGCAUUACCUUUUCAUAGUGA